CGAACGCGGGGGGAGCCCAGGGGCACGCGCGCCCGCCGCUUCCUUUCCCCCUCCCACCCGGGGGGCGAGCGCCGCUCGCGCCGUUCCCGCCCCGCCCGCUCCCUUCCCCCCUCCGCGCGGCGCAGCGCGCGCGCCCGUGAGGCGGCGGCGGCGGCGGGAGCGCGCUCCGGAGCGAGCAGAGCAGAGCAGAGCGGGGGGCAGAGGCGCCGCGGCCGCCGCUCCCCGGGGGAGGCCGCGGAGGGCGGGCGGCAAGGGAGGGAGCGACCGGCGGAGGGAAGGAAGGAGGGCGCUGUGGCAGCGAGGGAGCAGCGGCGCCGACGAGGAGGGGGCGAGACCGCCCCCCCGCCCCCCCCCCCCGCCUCCCGUUCGGGCGCGCGCUCCCGGCGAUGUGGUGAGAGGGAGGCGCCCCGCGGCCGGUGCGUCUGUGAGGGGCCGCCGGGGAGCCCCGCCGCGCCAGGACUGUCAGUGGAUGGAGGAAGACACUUUUUACUAGAGAUUUAACUUGCCUAAAGAUAUCAAGGUUUGGGGUACGCGCGGUGGAACAGCAUCACCAUGUUUCGCAACAGUCUCAAGAUGCUUCUUACGGGAGGGAAGUCAAACCGCAAAAACAGGUCCAGUGAUGGAGGGAGCGAGGAGCCGCCAGACCGAAGACAGGCAAGUGUAGACGCCCGUCAGAGCCGAUCUGGGCAAGGCACCUCCACAGAGAACGACUGUGCUUUUGAACCAGACUACGCAAUUCCGCCACUCCCAGUGACCGAAGGUAUGCAGCACAUUCGGAUUAUGGAGGGCAUGUCCCGCUCCCUUCCAUCCUCCCCCUUACUCACACAUCAGUCUAUCAGUGUUCGGCUCCAACCUGUGAAGAAGUUAACUGCCCCUCUGAGGAAAGCGAAGUUUGUGGAGAGCCCUCGCAUCCCCGAGUCCGAGCUGGGCUCCCCGACGCUUCCUGCGGCGCCGAAACUGGACGUGGACGCGUUCUGCCCCGGUGACGCUGAGCAGGAGCUGGGGCCCCCGCCCUCCGUCGAUGAGGCAGCGAAUACACUCAUGACUCGCCUGGGCUUCCUCCUGGGAGAGAAAGUCACGGAGGUUCAGCCGGGGCCGCAGUUCAGCAUGGAGGUGCAGGACGAGAACCAGAGCUCGGCCGUGACGCAGCGCAUCAGCCCCUGCUCCACGCUGACCAGCAGCACGGCCUCGCCGCCCGCCAGCAGCCCCUGCUCCACGCUCCCGCCCGCCGCCGCCGGCGUCACCGCCAAGGAUGGCACCUACGGCGCUGUCACCAGCCCCACCUCCACGCUGGAGAGCAGGGACAGUGGCAUCAUCGCCACUUUGACCAGCUACUCAGAAAACGUGGAACGCACCAAAUACGGAGGGGAGAGCGGCAAAGACCUUGGAUCGGGAGGAAACCUGAAGCCUUGGCAGUCGCAGAAGUCCAGCAUGGACUCGUGUCUGUACCGCGUGGACGAGAACAUGACGGCGUCGACCUACAGCCUCAACAAGAUCCCGGAGAGGAACCUGGAGAGCGUCCUGUCCCAGUCCGUGCAGUCCAUCCCUCUCUACCUGAUGCCGCGGCCAAACUCGGUGGCAGCCACCAGCUCGGCGCACCUGGAGGACCUGGCGUACCUGGACGAGCAGCGGCACGCGCCCCUGCGCACGUCGCUGCGGAUGCCGCGGCAGAGCGUGGCCAGCGCCCGCGCCCAGCAGGACCUGCGAGUCCGCUUCGCACCCUACAGACCCCCCGACAUCUCCCUGAAGCCGCUGCUGUUCGAGGUCCCCAGCAUCACCACCGAGUCGGUGUUCGUGGGCCGGGACUGGGUGUUCCACGAGAUCGACGCGCAGCUGCAGAGCUCCAACGCCAGCGUCAACCGCGGCGUCGUCAUCGUGGGCAACAUCGGCUUCGGCAAGACCGCCAUCAUCUCCAGGCUGGUGGCGCUGAGCUGCCACGGCACGCGCAUGCGGCAGAUCGCCUCCGACAGCCCGCACGCCUCUCCCAAACAUGUGGAUGCAAACCGGGAGCUGCCCUUGGCCCAGCCGCCCUCCGCCCACCCGGCCAUCGCCAGCGGGAGCUGCCCGGGGACGCCCGAGAUGCGGCGGCGGCAGGAGGAGGCCAUGCGGAGACUGGCCUCGCAGGUUGUGGCCUAUCACUACUGCCAGGCCGACAACGCCUACACCUGCCUGGUGCCCGAGUUCGUGCACAACGUGGCCGCCCUGCUCUGCCGCUCGCCCCAGUUCGUCGCCUACCGGGAGCAGCUGCUGCGGGAGCCGCAUCUGCAGAGCAUGUUGAGCCUGCGCUCCUGCGUGCAGGACCCCAUGGCCUCCUUCCGCAGGGGCGUCCUGGAGCCCCUGGAGAACCUGCACAAAGAGAGGAAGAUCCCCGAUGAAGAUUUUAUCAUACUAAUUGAUGGUUUAAAUGAGGCUGAAUUUCACAAACCGGAUUACGGAGACACCAUAGUAUCAUUCCUGAGCAAAAUGAUCGGAAAAUUCCCUUCCUGGCUGAAGCUGGUGGUGACAGUCAGGACAAGUCUACAGGAAAUAAUUAAGCUGUUGCCCUUCCACCGGAUAUUUCUGGACAGACUGGAAGAGAACGAAGCCAUAGACCAGGACCUGCAGGCGUACAUCCUCCAUCGGAUACACAGCAGCUCGGAGAUCCAGAACAACAUCUCGCUGAACGGCAAAAUGGACAACACGACGUUCGGCAAGCUCAGCUCUCACCUCAAGACCUUGAGCCAAGGCUCCUACCUGUACCUGAAACUCACCUUUGAUCUCAUAGAGAAGGGAUAUCUAGUACUGAAAAGCUCCAGCUACAAAGUAGUGCCAGUGUCUCUGUCGGAAGUUUACCUGUUGCAGUGCAAUAUGAAGUUCCCAACGCAGUCUUCCUUUGAUCGGGUUAUGCCUCUCUUGAAUGUGGCAGUGGCAUCUCUGCACCCUUUAACAGACGAACAUAUUUUUCAGGCCAUUAAUGCAGGUAACAUUGAGGGCACUUUGGAGUGGGAGGACUUUCAGCAGAGGAUGGAGAACCUUUCUAUGUUUCUUAUCAAACGUAGAGACAUGACGCGAAUGUUUGUUCACCCCUCUUUCCGAGAGUGGCUUAUUUGGAGAGAAGAAGGUGAAAAGACCAAGUUUCUCUGUGAUCCCAGGAGUGGCCACACAUUACUUGCCUUCUGGUUUUCCCGUCAAGAAGGAAAACUAAACCGCCAGCAGACCAUUGAGCUGGGACAUCACAUCCUCAAAGCACAUAUUUUUAAGGGGCUGAGUAAAAAGGUUGGGGUAUCCUCCUCCAUCCUGCAAGGCCUUUGGAUCUCCUACAGCACCGAAGGUCUCUCGAUGGCUUUGGCGUCUCUGAGGAAUCUCUACACCCCAAACAUAAAGGUCAGUCGGUUGCUGAUCUUAGGAGGUGCAAACGUGAAUUAUCGGACCGAAGUUCUGAACAACGCCCCCAUUUUGUGUGUCCAGUCCCACCUGGGUUACGCCGAGAUGGUGGCUUUGCUCUUGGAGUUUGGGGCCAACGUCGACGCCGCUUCCGAAAGUGGCCUCACCCCCCUGGGCUACGCGGCUGCGGCUGGGUUCCUGAGCAUCGUCGUGCUGCUCUGCAAGAAACGGGCCAAGGUGGAUCACCUGGACAAAAACGGGCAGUGCGCUCUGGUUCACGCCGCGCUGCGCGGCCACUUGGAGGUGGUGAAGUUCCUGAUCCAGUGUGACUGGAGCAUGGCCGGGCAGCAGCAGGGCGUCUUCAAGAAGAGCCACGCCAUCCAGCAGGCCCUGAUCGCCGCGGCCAGCAUGGGCUACACCGAGAUUGUCUCCUACCUGCUCGAUCUUCCAGAAAAAGACGAAGAGGAGGUGGAGCGAGCACAGAUCAACAGCUUCGACAGCCUCUGGGGAGAGACAGCUCUGACGGCGGCGGCCGGGCGCGGGAAGCUGGAGGUGUGCCGGCUGCUGCUGGAGCAGGGGGCCGCCGUGGCACAGCCCAACCGCCGCGGCGUCGUCCCGCUCUUCAGCGCCGUCAGACAGGGACACUGGCAGAUCGUGGAUCUCUUGCUGACACACGGCGCUGACGUGAACAUGGCAGACAAGCAGGGCCGCACGCCGCUGAUGAUGGCUGCGUCCGAGGGCCACCUGGGCACCGUGGAGUUCCUGCUCGCACAAGGUGCCUCCAUUUCGCUGAUGGACAAGGAGGGUUUGACAGCCCUCAGCUGGGCUUGUCUGAAGGGCCAUCUCUCCGUGGUGCGCUCCUUGGUGGAGAACGGCGCUGCGACCGACCACGCGGACAAAAACGGGCGCACCCCGCUGGACCUGGCGGCUUUUUACGGUGACGCUGAGGUGGUUCAGUUUCUGGUGGACCAUGGAGCCAUGAUUGAGCACGUUGACUACAGCGGGAUGCGACCCCUGGACAGGGCGGUGGGCUGCCGCAACACCUCGGUCGUCGUCACCCUCCUGAAGAAAGGAGCCAAGAUAGGUUGUCAGACGUUACCGAGUCGCCCACGAGGUCCAGCCACAUGGGCGAUGGCCACCUCCAAGCCAGACAUCAUGAUCAUCCUCUUGAGCAAGCUGAUGGAGGAGGGAGACAUGUUCUAUAAGAAAGGUAAAGUGAAGGAGGCUGCCCAGCGCUACCAGUACGCUCUGAAAAAGUUCCCCAGGGAAGGCUUUGGAGAAGACCUGAAAACGUUCCGUGAGCUGAAGGUCUCGCUCCUGCUCAACCUCUCCCGAUGUCGAAGGAAAAUGAACGAUUUUGGAAUGGCGGAGGAAUUUGCUACUAAAGCACUGGAGCUGAAACCGAAAUCUUAUGAAGCUUAUUACGCAAGAGCAAGGGCCAAGCGCAGCAGCAGGCAGUUUUCCGCAGCCCUGGAGGACCUGAACGAGGCCAUCAAGCUGUGUCCCAACAACCGGGAGAUCCAGCGGCUGCUGCUGCGGGUGGAGGAGGAGUGCAGGCAGGUGCAGCAGCAGCAGCCGCCGCCGCCGCUCCCGCCGGAGCCCGAGCCUGAAGCCCAGCACGAAGAGCUCUAUUCUGUGCAGGACAUCUUCGAGGAGGAAUACCUUGAGCAGGAUGUAGAAAACAUUUCCAUUGGCUUGCAGACCGAGUCCAGGCCGAACCAAGGGCUGCCCAUCAUCCAGAGCCCGCCCCCGUCCCCAGCUCACAGGGACUCAGCCUAUAUUUCUGGCUCACCUCUUGGCUCUCAUCAGGUCUUCGAUUUCAGGUCCAACAGCUCCGUGGGUUCGCCGACCAGACAAGGGUACCAGUCCACGUCUCCUGCUCUGUCUCCGACGCACCAAAACUCACAUUACAGGCCCAGUCCUCCGCACACGUCCCCUGCUCACCAGGGCUCCUCUUACCGCUUCAGCCCGCCUCCCGUCGGAAGCCAAGGGAAGGAAUAUCAAAGCCCACCACCUUCUCCUCUUCGCAGAGGGCCUCAGUAUCGCGCCAGCCCCCCAGCAGAAAGCAUGAGCGUUUACAGGUCCCAGUCCGGUUCCCCAGUUCGUUAUCAGCAAGAACCGAGCGGGGUCAGCCCGCUCCCCGGUAGACCGAAGUCUCCGUUGUCCAAGAUGACACAAAGGUCCUUCCAGAUGCCCCAGCUCCCCGUGGCCAUGCCGCAGCAGGGCCUGAGGCUGCAGCCGGCCAAGGCGCAGAUCGUGAGGAGCAACCAGCCCAGCUCGGCCGUCCAUUCCAGCACCGUCAUCCCCACCGGCGCCUACAGCCAGGUCGCCCACUCCAUGGCCAGCAAGUACCAGUCGGCGUCAGGGGAAAUGGGGGUCAGCCAGAGCAGGUUGGUCUACCAGGGCUCCAUUGGUGGGAUCGUAGGCGACAGCAGACCCGUGCAGCACGUCCAGGCCAGCCUGAGUGCCGGAGCCAUCUGUCAGCACGGAGGGUUGGCUAAAGAAGACCUUCCGCAGAGACCGUCCUCGGCGUACAGGGGCGGGAUGCGGUACAGCCAGACCCCUCAGAUCGGGCGCAGCCAGUCCGCGUCCUACUACCCGGUGUGUCACUCCAAGCUUGACCUGGAACGCUCUUCCCUCCCCGCCAGCCAGCUGGGCUCUCCAGACGUGUCCCAUCUCAUCAGAAGGCCCAUCACGGUGAACCCCAGCGAAAUCAAGCCUCACCCGCCGACUCCGAGGCCCCUGCUCCACUCUCAGAGCGUCGGCCUCCGCUUCUCUCCCUCCAGCAAUAGCAUUUCCUCCACCUCCAACCUGACUCCCAAUUUCCGCCCUUCCGCUUCGAUUCAGCAAAUGGAGAUUCCUCUCAAGCCGGCUUACGACAGAGCAUGCGAUGAACUUUCUCCAGUGUCCCCCACGCAGGGCGGUUACCCCAGCGAGCCGGCGCGUUCCCGGACCACGCCGUUCAUGGGAAUCAUCGACAAAACGGCUCGGACUCAGCAGUAUCCCCACCUCCAUCAGCAGAACCGCACCUGGGCUGUGUCCUCAGUGGACUCUGUCAUUAGUCCGACGUCUCCUGGCAGUCUCCCUCAGCCCGAAUCAUUUAGCCCGCCUUCUUCAAUCAGCAACAUUGCCUUUUAUAACAAAACCAACAAUGCACAGAAUGGCCAUUUGCUAGAGGACGACUAUUACAGCCCCCAUGGGAUGCUGGCCAAUGGGUCCCGGGGAGACCUCCUGGAGAGAGUCACCCAAGCCUCCUCGUAUCCCGACGUCAAGGUGGCGAGGACGCUGCCGGUGGCACAGGCCUACCAGGACAACCUCUACAGGCAGCUCUCCAGGGACUCCAGGCAAGGGCAGACGUCCCCAAUCAAACCAAAGAGACCAUUUGUGGAGUCUAAUGUGUAAAAGACGCUUGUUGGAGUGAGACCCCCCAUCAUGUUUUCAGCACACACUUCCAAGCUUGAUUUCCAUGCAUAUUAGUAUGAUUAUGAUUAUUUUGAUUUCUCUUUGGUAGCUACAUGCCCGAGUUUCUCCGGUACUUGGUGUGGUGGUCAGACAGCCAUGCACGUGCUCCAGCCCUUUCGUUCCCCAGCUGACCGUGAAGCCGACAGCAGCCAAGCCAGUUUGUUUGCCCCAUUCCAGCUGAGUUCCCAAUCGGGAUAACUUAGCACGCGGUGCGGGGUGGUCCAGAAAUAUCCCCACGCAGCGGGAGGUAACCAGCUCUUUUUUUUGAGAGACAAUCGUGUUUGAUUUAAAUUGCUUUCUUGUGUCUCGGUGAGUUUUUACUGGAUUCUGAUGGGAAUUGGGAGCAGAGCAGGGAUCACAGGAGCCUUUCCCAAGGCUGCACCCGCAGGUCGUUCGGCUUCUUGCCCCAAAGGAGCAAAUAACCCGCAGUGAGCGAGGGCACGACGUGUGUUAAUACCGAGUAGCUAUGCACAAAACCCAUCCCGCCUCACCUGCUUUGGAGCACUUGAAUCCAAAUUGGAUUUCGUUGUUAUUUACUCGCAUCACUGGCCAGACAGGAUGGGGAUCACUCGAUGCUUCGCUGCUUUUUGAGCUACCUGCCGUCCCCCCGACGCCGCUUUGCUCUGGGGCGUUUCAUGAGCGUUGAGAGAUUGAAGUUGGCCCUUUGUUUGUGUUUUAAUCGAGGGAAUUGGCCAGAAAGCUCUUGCUCUUGUUGGAUUGCAGCAGCUUCUUUGCACCGUUAAGGCGGCUGCACCUCGCGCACAGCACCGGGUUGGCACCGGGUUGGCACCGGGACCCUUUACCGUUUGCGCUUUAUUUCGUGGGGUAUUUCACUUGCAAUGGGAAAAAAGAUCAGACUUAGAAAAUGGUGUUCAAGGAGGAAAAUGGCAGGUUUUAGGGUGUUUUUUUAUGAUGAGGAUGUUUAAUGUGGGGUGUCGGUUCCCAAGACAGGAGGGUCCCCCAGCACCCCAGCCCUUCCCUGGGAUCUGUGUCCAAAACCCUUGGCAAGCGGUGCCGUGCCCCUGCCCCGAGAAGGCAGACACCACAUUUUGCUUUUAAGGACCUGUAGUUAAGAGAGUUAUUUAUGAUUUAUUUAUGUGAUCUGUUUCAGGACAUUUUGGGACGGGUGGUUUUUUUCAAUGUUUUUUUAGAUGGAGGUCACAUCAAGACAGCCUGAAAAGCAGAGGACACUUCCAAAAUCUUUUUUUUUAAUAGGAUUUUCAAUAGUUUUUCAGUUAUUCUCUGAGGCUUUUUUGGAGGGGUGUUACAGGUUCCUGAAUUACCGGUGGGUUCGUAAUGGGCGUUUUCGGUGGGACGUUCCGGGGGCAGAACAACCACCCUGUGUGUUGUUUCAAAGCGCAGCACCGUGCCUGUUGCGGAUGCCGAACCUCACGCACAACGACUCCGGAGCCGUUUGCGGGGAGCGGGACCUGCCGGUGCUUCCAAAGGGCUGAGCCAAGAGUCAAGACUUCUUACCCCAAAUCGCGUAUCCCAGCGGACGUCGGGGCGGCUGCACCCGCUUCCACCAGCUCAGGGCUUGGUCCGGAGCUCUUGGGCAAAUCCCAGCUUCAAUGGGGCUUUAUUUUGAAUCCGUCUGCGUGACGGGCACGUCUCGUUGCCGUUUCGUUGCCUCGUUUGCUCAGACUGGGCUGCGCGUACCUCGGGAUGAUGGUUUGUGUCUCAUAGACACAUCCAGAGUGUUCGGCGGUUUUCCUGAUGGAGUUUGGCGAGUUUUGGGGCUCUUUCGGGCUGUUUGGUGUUUGUCCAGACAGUGUUUGGACUGAGGUCGGUGGUUUCAUUCUCGAGGUGCAGCCCAGUGCUCUUUGCUUAUUACAGGGCUCUGGAAAUGUUGGGGGGCACUGGGGGCCCCUCGGUAGGACGGAUCUCAGCUCCACGCACCAUUUCUCUCCUCUCAAAGGGGGCGUGAUGGCUUUUUUUUCUUCCCCUCUUUUUUGAAGCAGCGUGUUCUGCGUUAUGGGGAACCACCGAUUCCACACGGUGCAUCCGCAGCCGGGACGCGGGUCUGGAGCAUCAGCAGCAUCUUUGCUCCAUGUUUCCCAUCCCCAGCUCCCCCGAGCGAGCGGCUCCCGGCCCCGAGCUGCUGAAAGAAAGGAGAAAGUAGCCAAACUCCAAAUCCAGCCCCGUUUCCCGCGGCCCUGAGCCGCUUCGCUGCGCUGAGAUGCCAACGGGACGCUCGUCCCGAAACCUCCCUGUGUGUGAUUUUUGGGUUUAUGAAGAUGUUUUAAUGGGAAGAAGCAGACAGCUCACGCUUUGAGCACCAACACCAAGCCGAAAGGCCUAAACACGUGCAGGUUUUUUUCACGAUACGACGUGUUCACAUUAUUUCACGGGAUUCUUGCACUAAUGGUUUUCCAUCCGUUCUCUCUGUAAAUGGUGCACUUUACUGUUUGGAUUUGUUACUAUGAGAAAUACUGGCUAUUUAAGCGUGAGUAGUGUCUUCAUUAGAAAAUAGCAGAACAGCUCUUGUCUCUUAGUGUAUUUUUCAAAAAGAAAAGAGAAAAGAAAGGAAGCAAUGAAUCAUCACAUUUAUAGCACAAGAACUGACUCUUGUAUAUAAGCAUCAACAGAUUGAGUAAUUUUUAAACACAGAAUCCUUUGCGGUGGUUUUAAAGCGCUUCCCCAGCAGUUGUGCCGCGGCCCUGGGGGGUGAGGGACGCCCCUCUCCCUGGAAAUCCCUAUUUUACACCCCCGUGUCCUGGAAGCCGCGGUCGGGAUCUGCCGUGGACGGAGAGCAGAGCUGGUUCCGUGUCGCGCGUGGUUGCCGUGCCCGUGGCUCCAACCGCACCGUGUCCCUUCGCCUCUUGUCACCCCAGGUCUCCAUCUGCCCAGCCCAGAGUUGCAGACACGGUGCUGUCAGUCCGUGCUACGUCUUUAAUUACUCUUUAAGUAAUGAAGAUGCGGGACGAUGCUUGUGGCCGAUGCUCCGUCCCCUCCGCGCUGCAGCGGCCCCGCUCGCCACCCCCCGUCUUGCAGGCUGGAUUUUUCAGGUGCACCAAGUUCUGGGUUUGGCUCUCGGGGCGCGUUGGUGGGUGAUGCUGAAGCCCAGCCCUGGAUUUAGUUUAACCGACCCGUCCCCCCGGACUGCGGGUGUUCACCACAAACCCGGGAUCUCUGGCAGCUGCAGGUGAGGACCCGCCGGCUCUCGCUUUGUCCCCAGGCUGGGGGACGCUUGGGGCCCGGGAGGGGACACCCCCGUGACGUCCCCACCGGUGGCUUUGCAACCAGCCGUCGGUGCUGAGCGCAGGGAGGGUUUGACCGGAUGGAUCCCUGGGGAACCAUCUCCAAAGCGCCGCGCAGCCUGAGCCGCCUCCUCCGCGCGGCUGGUGGCGAGGGCGCCGCCUGCGCCCGUUCCCCAGAACCCACGGCAUCUGUCCAUCUGUCUGUCCGUCUGUCUGUCCGUCUGCUGCCUGGUGUCUGCCCGCAGGUGGGUCCAUCCACGCACUGAACUUCUUGGGUUUUGUUUGCUUGUUUGUUUUUCUUUAACCCAACCAUAACUAAACCCCCUUGGCAGCGUGAACGUGUGUGCGUGCGACAAACACCCGAGCCAUACUUGGAUUAGGUCCGGAGCCGGGGAGGCCACUAAAUUCGGAGCGGUUCAGUCCCCUUGUACAAAGGUUUCUGUGUAUUCAGGGUUACCAGGAGAAGUUUAGCUCAAACCGAAGUGCCAGCUCCGCCUUAUCUCGAGCAAAGCCGGCGUGCCUGCCCGUCCUCCGCCCGCCCCGCCGAGCCGCGCCGUGCCGAGCUGUCCUGAGCUCCUUGGGGGUUGGACUUGGCUUUUGGGAAUCGCAGAGAACUGUGCCGGGAUGAACGGUGUUGCACCAGGGGCUCGGGGAAGAGGAGCACUUGGACCGCUGGGAGCUCUGCGGAUGAACGCCGGUGGCUCCGCGCGACGUCUGCUGGGGCGCGUUGGACACAAAGCACAAUGGUCGAAAGCUGAAAUCCGCGUGGUGUUUUUCCCUCAGAUUUGUGUGAAUAAUUGCUGGAUUUUCAUUCAAUCAAACUCUUUUUUGUAAUACAAACCACUAAGGGCUCAAUUCUUUAGCAAGAUGCGUUUGUGUCCAACUCCUGACUGUACAGCUGGAUCUCACCGCAACUGUUAGAGACCUACCCGAGAGAAACCACGGCUGGCGUGACUGUCACCGGGAGAUCAGCGGACACCGCAACCCCCGCCGGAUCCUUUCCUCCUGCCCGUUUUCUAGCUGUCACGGUACCGGGGAGUCAGCAGCCGGGUCCCGUCUGAUGGGAUCGCAUCCUGUAGCCACCAAAAACAGAGGGGCUGCUUUACCGAAAGACUUUGUCCCCUCUGGGUGAUGCUGUCGGGGGCUGCGGGUCGGGGUGGUGCUGGGUGGGGGAGUUUGGGGGGUCACUUCUGCCUCGCUGUGCACUGGUCAGCCGGACGCCCAGAGCAGCACCGUGUGCUCUGUGCAGUUCAUUCUGUUGCUCCAGCGCUCACCCCGCGGCUCGCGUGGACUCUGCCGGUGCUUUCCCAUCGCGUCGCGUUCAGCGUCCGUCUCCUCCCGUCUCCGCAUCCCAGAGGACCCGAGGUCGGUGCGAACAGGUGCAGUAACACACACCUCGUGCUUUGUACGAUUCCCUGGUUGCCAUCCUCCGAGACACUUGCUGGGAAGAUCUUUAAGACACUUAAAUUUUCCUUUAGCUUUUCUAUAACUCCGAUGUAAAGGACUUUCUCUGUACAGUAUAUUAUUCAAUGCAUGUUCUGUUCUCUCUACUGAUAUAUGGAACACCACACAGUCGUGAUACCGCGCAGCGGGAGGAGCAGCCCCUGCCGCCAGCCGAGGCUUCGCCUCCUCUAUAAGGAAAGAAGAAAACAUAUUUUUUCCUUUGCUGUAUUUGCUUGAGCAGAGUUUUCUUGUCUGUACAUGUGAGCUGUGAGAUAGAUGUGAAAAGUUCAAAAGAAUGCAUUCCCCCCACCCCUCCAAUGUAUACAGAUUGUAAUCUGUACAAUGAAAACUGUAUGUAUGAAAAAAUGUACUUAUUUAUAAAUGGUUAACACUUGGAAA